AGAGAUCUCAAUUUUAUUCAUUUUCCAGAAACAGAGGAAGUCUUUAACAUAUUUCUCGCGGCAAACAGAUUAACUAUGUCGGUAUACCUAGCCUUCACCUCACCCAUCAACCCCCCUGGUGCGAGUCCGCUUCUUAGCCACGACCAGGUAUGGAAGGGUCUUCAAAGGAAGGUUGAGCAUGCUGAGGAAUUUGUUCCUAUGGCAAUUACGUCCACUGAUGUGCUGGACAAGGCAAUCGAUGAGACAGGGAAAAAAGUAACAACCCGCGAAGUCAUUUUCAAAGAUGGGAAUCGGAAAGUAAAAGAAAUAUGCGUUCAUUUCGAACCAUUGAAGAUAGAAUUUCGACAACCAGAUGGAACAACAAUCCAAAAUAUUAUCAGUCAAGGGGCUGACGGGUCGUUAUAUAUGACAUAUGCGUUUGAAUUUUUGCACCCGGGUCUUUCAGAAAAGGAUUUGGCUGUCAAAACGGAGCAGUACCGGGUAAAUUCCAAAAUGGCGGUUGAGAGUAGUAUUGCAGUGAUUAGAAAGAUGGUGGAAGAGGGGACUGUCUAAGAGUUUCGAUUUCUACACAAGUGCGACCAAAAUUCUUGUAUUAAUCUCAGCCAAGAUUGGCCAUCUCGAUUCAUUUUUCC